AUGGUUGCUGCCAAGAAUGGUCAUGCCAAGGUGCUUUCAGCACUGCUGCGAGCUGGAGCCGACAUCGGCCUCGUUGACAAAACUGUGAAGGACAAGAGAAUAACCGCAGUGGACUAUGCCAGGGGAUGGCCUCAUCAACUUGGCAACGAAAGACGCGAUGAUUGCGUGGAGAUCCUCACAGAGUUUCUGAGGACCGGGCAGGUGCCGGAAGCCCUUUCUGUCCCUGAAGCAUAG